CGUAGCGCGCCAGUCCACCAGUGACUGAGACAGAGGUAACAUUGCUGCUCCACUCCUCCCCACAGCCCGGGCCGCGCGGUUCCGCUCCAUCCCUGCCCCGCGUGUGUCAGCUUCCUUGAUAGUUUGCCACGACUCUGCUGGCUUGUAAUCACUGUCACCAGGAACUGUGUGCGUGUGUGUGUCGUGUCAGUGGUGCAGCGUCCGGCAGUGAGGGUCCGGUGGCCGCCGCGAUCACUGAUCGAUUGUCACCACCACGUAGGGAACACAAACAAAACAAAAGGAUUGUGAGGGACACACCAGACGGGGGCAUGAGGUUGCUCUCCACAGCCUGACCCGCGUGACUGAGCCGACUACCAGACCAGCGGGACGAGAGCCGCCGCGGACCUUCGCCCCGACCAUCGCUGCCACCGGCCGGCACCGGACUCCGCACUCCUUGAGGCGGCCACCCGGGGAAGAGACGAGCCUGCUUCAGACUUCGGGAGUCUCGGUGUAGCUUUGCAUCACGGCUGGAGGGACUGCCGGGAGCAUGGAGGUGGUGAUGGGCCGAUGCUUCCCGCUGACGGGACCGGGCCACCACCUCGCCGUGGACUUCACCGUGAAGGGAGCCGUGCAGGAGGGAGAGAAAGCUCCUGACUCCCUGGUUUCUAAGAAUGUGAACGGGAAAGACAAUUACUGCACUGCGCGAUCGCCUGGCGGUGAGGUGGCAGGCUUGGCCCAGCACGACCACGGGAAGAUGUUGGCGCCGCAGCGGCUUGGCGCGCCACACCACCCCAAGCAGACGGCCAUGGGUGGGCCUGACCAGCGCUCCUCGGGAAAAGAGAAUGAGCUGAGCCACACCAAGACGAAAGAAGACAAGAGGGAAGGCCAGUCAAGCGAAAAGCCAAAGAUGCAAUCCAUCUUGAGGCGAACCUGCUCAUCGUCAGCUUCUGAGGAAAGGGACUCUGGUGAAAGCCCAAAGGCGCCCACUGGGAGAGGUGAGCAAAACCAAGGGAGCGAGAGAGAGCUGAGCUGGGGCAAGAGGGCGUGGGAAAUGACACAGCGGCGGAAGGCACAGAUGAGGGAAGAAUUCUUCAAGGUGCCUUACGAGGAGUGCAACAAAGAGGCCGCCCAAAGCCUCGGGGGGCGCCUCAACAAGUCUGAGCCUAGACUGCACACACUCGGCAAGGACAGGAAGAAGAGAAACUCUCUCUCCUACAAGCGGAGGGUUCACUUCGACCUUGACCACGGAGAAGAAGAGGACAGGAAGCCGAGGAGUCGCAGCAAGUCUUUCGAGGCUCCUGAUCCGCCCCGGAAAGUGGUGGUGUCGAUCUAUUCCAUCGACAAACCCAAGAGUGUCAUCCAGCCAGACGCGUUUUACUGCAGCGCACCAGAUGGAGCGGCCCAGGGUGCCAGGGACACUGCCAGCGCACGGGCACGCAGCGCCCGCCCCACAGACCUCGAUAGUCUGCAGCAGAAGGCACAGACAGAUGCCUUCCAGAGGCAGCAGAGUCCCGGCAGCACCGAACAGCCUGACAGCCAGCAAGACAGACGGACUCGGUUUGAACCAAACCAACGUCUCACACCCUCACCCUCACCCUCACCCUCGCCAACCACUCCGCAGUCUCUCAGCGGUGCGACGACCCCUGGGAUGAACUCCGCCGUGGUGAAAAGCGGCAGCCUGACAACACCGACGCCUAAAGAAUCCUGUAGCACUCCUCUGCGGCCACCCAGGACACAACACGCCCUCCCCUCACCCCUGCAGAGUGUGGCCAACAACCCCGCCACAUCCUGCUCACAACCUCUUCCUUGCAACACCUCGCCUGCUCCCCCCGACCAACCAGCAUCAGUCCCUGUUCCCGCCCCACGGUCACACCUCGCCAAGUCACACUCACUCCCGAGCCACACCCGCUCCUUCCCGACGUCACUCUCCAGGGAGGCGCAGCAGGCGUCCUCCCAGCUAUCACGCCCACGCCCUGACCACCUCGACCUCAACUCUUCAUCAGCAAGGGGCGCCGUGCACACCUUCACGCCCACCAAGGCCUUCAUACAGCCACACACCGCCACGCCUGCACACACGCACUUCACCACGCCAAGAACAUUUCUCCCACCACCUACACACGUCCCAACCCCUUCCACCCCCGCCACUACACUCACGCCCGCCUCCUCAACGGCACCCAAUACGCCCACCAUGCCUUUCACCAUCACAACAACACCCACACCCAUAGCUUCCCGCGCCCCAGGUAUGAGCACCCAUACAACACCCCAGACACCCACGCAACUCCCUAACCUCCUCGGCGGCCCUGUGCCCAUGCCUCGCAAACGCAUAUCAGUCUCCCAGCAGACACCCACGCCCAACACCUCACCACUCCACCGCCUACACACGCCCACUGCGCCUCCCACGCAGACCACACGGCACAACAGAGACACCCACACAGUUAAGAAAGCCCCUCCAACCAAAAUGACAGUCCCUCCUCAAGACCAUGACAAAGAAAACGACUCGGCAAGACAGAAUCAGAAAACGGAUGUGGUCGACAGGGAGAACUCCAUUAAUAUCCUGAUGACCAAAGGGGAGAGUUACGCCAAACACAACAUCGUCAUCAGCAGCCACAAAUCGUCAGCCCCACCGCCGUCAGUUACCGUCAGAAAGGUGUUCAUUCCUGUGUCCACUCCCUCCAGAAGCUCCCCGUCACCCACGCCCUCCUGCGCCUCCUCCAGCUGCUCCUUCGGUUCCUCGGGGAGUUCUUCAGGGUGUUACUCCGGUUCUCCCUCCCCCACCCCGACCCCCUCCCCUACCAGGAUCAGGGCUUCUUGCGCGCCGACCGAUCUCUAAGAUCUCGGCGUGGAGGUGCGAGGCGCCAGGACGAAGGACGCCUGACCGCCUGGAGGAUGACACCGCCCACACCAUCGCUGAGUGAUCGCAGCCCACCCAACUCUAAUCUUCGAGGAUGACGUCUUGUAUUGAGUCCUCAGACUGUGUUGUUUUGUUUGGGCACGGCGGAGGUUAAGCUGUCUUUGAAGCCACCUUGAUGUGGGACUGACGAUGCGGUGUUUGUGGCGCGAUGACGCCCUUUUGUUUGAGAUCAUCUGAGAGGUGAGAAGACCCAGCUCAUGAUUAGUAAGCUCUUUGGUGACGCCAGUGUGUGUGCGUAAUGAACGCAGGAAAUUGACCAAUGUAGUGGAGGAGUGACUCAUAGUAGGUGGAGUACAAGUGUUUGUGGUUACCUU